CACUGCGGAGGCAGCGGCCCUGGAGCGGGAGCUGCUGGAGGACUAUCGCUUUGGGCGGCAGCAGCUGGUGGAGUGGUGUGGCCAUGCCAGUGCCGUGGCGGUGACCAAGGCGUUCCCUCUGCCCGCUCUCGCCCGGAAGCAGAGGACGGCGCUGGUCGUGUGCGGCCCAGAGCAGAACGGAGCGGUGGGGCUGGUGUGCGCGCGGCACCUGCGGGUGUUCGAGUACGAACCCACCAUCUUCUACCCCACACGCUCACUGGACCCACUGCACCGGGACCUGACUACUCAGUGUGAGAAGAUGGACAUUCCCUUCCUGUCCUACCUGCCUGCUGAGGUCCAGCUCAUCAACAACGCCUACAGGCUGGUGGUGGACGCUGUGCUGGGCCCUGGCAUGGAGCCAGGCGAGGUUGGGGGUCCCUGCACACGUGCGCUGGCCACGCUCAAGCUACUGUCCAUCCCCCUUGUGAGCCUGGACAUCCCCUCAGGCUGGGACCCAGAGACUGGCGGCGAUGGCGAGGACGGGCUACGACCCGACGUGCUCGUAUCGCUAGCGGCGCCCAAGCGCUGCGCCGGCCGCUUCUCCGGGCGCCACCACUUCGUGGCGGGCAGGUUCGUGCCCGACGACGUGCGCCGAAAGUUCGCUCUGCGCCUGCCGGGGUACACGGGCACCGACUGCAUCGCGGCGCUUUGACAGGCGCCCGCGCCAAUAAACAGACGUACCCCCACUGCCA